AUGUACCCCAAAUCUGGCGACUGGGAAAACAUCAUGUAUUUGAUUCUGAGAGACAUCAACAGUCACCCAGGCCGUGCUUCGCGGAGCGUGGUGACCACAUCAAUUGCCAUCGGCUUGGGCGGAAUCACACCUGAGGCAGCUAAGAACGACAAACAGAAGCAAGAACUGUACGGAGAUGAUCUCCGUACACUGUCCAAACUUGGGGUACCUUUUGUCGCAGCCGCAGGCAACGCAGCCAAGCAACCGAACCGAAAAGAUGUCGACCAAAUUCCAAUGGUUCUUCAGGAUGAUGACAUCCCUCUCAUCAUCGUCGGCGGUUGCGACGAUGAAGGUAAUCGAGCCGACUUCUCGCAAGCCGGUCCACUUGUCAGUAUCUAUGCGCUGGGUGAUCGAGUUGAUUGCCAAUCAAAGGUGGACAAGGAGCGGACAGUUCCAAGUGGAUCUUCGUUAGCUGAGAAGCACUUGAUAUUGACCUACGAUUUCAAUAUAGCUGCACCUCAGGUCGCGGGCCUCAUUGCUACAUACCUGUCCUACUCGACCAAACCUUGGGACGACAGCAAGACUGGUGUGGAGCGCGUCAAAGCUAUUCGUGAUUAUAUUACCAGUGACGAUUCGAGCUGGGCGAGGGGUUCUGACAGCAACAUCCGGGUGAUCUGGAAUGGUGCGACAAAGGCCGACCAUGGGGACGAUGACGAUGACGAUGACGAUGACGAUGACGAUGAAAGCCCGACCGACUCGAGUCCAACUUCAUCGAGCCCUAUGCCUUCGGCAACACCAUCUCGCAAGAACAAAGCGCUUUCCAUCAUUUUCCAAAACUACAUCGAUGAGAUCUCGAACGAGAACACCUGGUUGUUCUUCAAUAGCGAUUACGGCGAGUCCUCUGAAUGUCGUCUUGACACGCAAGCCAUGAAGACUGUACCAGCAGAAGGCAAUGUCGAUAACCCACCUUGGCCUGCUGGUACGUACGAGCUGGGCAACCUCAUCGACAGCAGUAGUUGCGACUAUCUCAACGAUGGAACCAAUCCUGGAUCUCUUUGGUGCCAAGAUUGGGAUGCACCACCUACAAAGCAAGGCGAACCCGCUUUGCCCAAGGACCGCGAGAUCAAGUGUAAAGCGGAGGAGGUGAGAUAUAAGAGUGGAGCUGAGGGCUGUUCAGAUUCCAUGAUGGGCAUCUAUCGUCAUGCCGUCGUUACGUGUGACUGGUAG